GCCGCGUAGAGUAGCACAAAGAGAAAUUUCCAGCUCAGAGGUACAAAACCACCGGCUGCUGUCGGCACGUGGUGCGCAUCGCACCUGCGGCGCAAGUUAGCGUUCCCUACUGUCUACACGCCCACCAAACUCGCAAAAUUCCCCUUCUUCAACCUCUCAUUUCGGUUCGACCCGGCCCCAAAAGUGAUCAAAAUGCAGCGGUUCAAGUCGCAGCGGCGGGUCCAAAUCGACGACGCCCAAUCGGAGUCUCCGCCGCCGAAAUACGAUGGCGACGGCAACGGAGACGACGGAGGAAUGAGAUUGAGACCCUCCGAGAGGAACCGGACGGAAGAUCAGGAGCCCUUCAUGGGCGUCAAGGUUCGAAGAAAAACCUCCUUCCACAGAGAAUACAGAGGAGAUUACAUCGACGUCCCUUCCCAUCCUUACUUGAUGAAAAUCUUGCAGAAACAAGGGGACAAUCAGGUUCUUUUCGCGGAUAAAGUUUUGAAAUUUACUGGUUCAGGGAAGAUGAAAAGAAGAAUUUUGUUGAUUACUGAUUUUGCCAUAUACAUUGUUGAUCCGGAGAAUAAUUCACUUAAACGGAGAAUAGCCCUGGCUGCUGUGGAUAAGAUGUGCUUGAGUGAGUUGAGUGAUAAUUUCUUCUCCAUUAUCAUUCCGACGGAGUAUGAUUUGCUAAUGGCUAGCACUCGGAAAACCGAAAUUGUCACUGUGUUAGUUGAAGCCACUAAGAAUGCCUCCAACUAUGAGCUUGAGGUUGCUUUCUCUAACAGCUUUGAGUAUCAUGCAGGCGCCGAGUUCGUGAAGGAGGUUCAAUUUGAGGAAGUUGAAGGAGGCGUAAAAACAAGAAUUAUCAGGAAAUGACUUGCAGUUUAUACUUGCUGCCAAGUGUGUUUGGACUCUAUAAGGGAUCGAAUUUUGCAAAGAUUGAUUCUUUAUCCGUGCACGUUAAGGUUCUGCUGAGCAUCAAUCCGACCCCAUAAGAAGAACUUGGACGCGUCGCUUUGUUUGUUUUCUUAUACGACAGAAGAGAACUGUAAUUGUAAUUGUAUUCUUUCAUUUUACACAUCUUUUUGGUUCAAUUCGGAACAGCCUUUUCUAGAUGUAU